AUGUCAUUUGCUUCCAAAGUUACUUUUGCGCUUUCCUGUGUAACUACUGUUGGCAUUAUUGCAUACGUUCAUAUUGAGCAAGCGUUAGAACGAGAGGUAAAUUUUGAUCAUUCUCUAACAAAUCGAAAUAGCGAAUCAGUGCCACCGUUCGACGGGAAAUUGAAGAAACCAAAAUAUCUCAAUAUUCUAGCAGUCCGUCCGAUUGACAUGGAAAAAACGCAGCACGUUUUAAAUAUUCGUAUUCCUUUUCCGAAUAAACCCGCCUCCGAAAUCGCCUAUCGAACCCUAAUUGUCGAUGAUGAACCUCAUCGUUCGACAACGAACGUUUCCUUAUCUGUAAAAGAUAAUAUUCUUUGCAUGAACUUUACUGCUGAUAUUUCUGACGAACCCAAAAUGGAUUCUCUGUCUCAAAUGAAAAAACUUCGUGUGUCUGUCAAUCACUGGCUGGAUUCUGUCUCCCUUAUUUGUGAGACCAUGGCAGAAUUUGGCGACCCUCCUGCGGAUAUGCCUGAGCCUAUAAUGACACAGGAACUUGAUGGCUUAUUCAUUAGUGCCGCUCAAAAUUGUUCUGACGGGAUUCGGGGUCUAAUGGAUGCUUUUUUCGGAUUUCUGUCACGAAGAACCGACUUCUACUAUGGUGCUGCAACAAAAAAUCAAGCUAAAAAGAUUGUUCUAGAUGCUUUCAAGAAAUAUGAAGCUGAAGCCAUUGCUAGACAUGAAAAGGAAUUGAAGGAAAGCGAAGAAAGAGAAAGCAAAAAGGCUCGAGAGUCCAAUGAAAUGAUGAAAAGGCGCAUUGAAUUCGAGGAAGUUAAAGAUGAAGAACCCAAAGUGGAAGAAAGCGAGGGCUUAGAGCAGCUUGGCACAAAUGCAGAUAAAAGCCAGGAAGCUCAAAUCGAUGAACACAAAGACUCCGCGAAUGAUUCAUGCAAAAUCGGUCAGCAAAACCCAGCUGGCGAUUCAAAUGAUGACGAUUCAAAAUACCUGCAACCAAAUGAGGGAAAUGGAGCUGAUUAUGCGCGCUAUCGUUUCUUCCAAACCCUUCAGGACUUGGAACUUAGAAUUCCAACGGGGUUGAACAAUCCCAUCAAAGGCCGUGAUGUGAUAGUGGAAAUCAAACGGAAACACAUAAAAGUUGCCAUUAGAGGACAACCAGAGCCCAUUUUGGAAGGUCCACUUUAUGGUGAAGUGAAGGUAGAGGAGUCGACCUGGACUCUGGACGGUGGGAAAGUAAUUGUUGUUGGCUUGGAGAAGAUUGAUCAAAUGUCUUGGUGGUCAUGUAUUGUCAAAGGUGAGCCUGAAAUUGAUAUGAAGAAGAUUACGCCGCAUAAUUCCAAACUCAGUGAUUUGGAUGGUGAAACCAGGGGCAUGGUUGAGAAAAUGAUGUACGAUCAACAACAAAAGUCCAUGGGGAAACCAACCUCAGAUGAACAAUUGAAGCAACAGCAGUUAAAAGCUUUCAUGGACGCACAUCCAGAAAUGGACUUUUCUAAAUGCAAAUUUGGUUAG